GCACGCCCCCCAGAACAGGCACGUCCUCCCUCCGACAUCAGAAGUCCGCGUGCGUUCAGUGGGGGGAACACUUGUACACGGCACACAUGCCCAGUGUUGUGCGUAUUGCGGUCCUCAUUGCAGUUUUGUCGCUUGUGCUGCUGGUGAUCGUUCUGCUCCGUUUCUUACAGUUCGUGGGCAGCGUGCGGAGGCGUGGGGUGAAGGGAGGAGCUCCAAGGAGUGCAUCAAAGAGGAAGGCAGUGAAGGCCGGGGGUAAGAAAGGCAGCAUGGUGCGGCUGACCCUGUGUGGUUCAGAUGCCAACGCAGGGUGGAACAUGCCAACGGGCCAGCAGCGACUGGACCCGGCUGCAUAUGCGCAUCUCCCAUCCUAUCUCCAACCACUUCCGGAUGACGACAUGGUGGACCUGUCCACGGCCGGGCCGUUUUCAUCGCAAUUGGAGCUGGACACCGACCUCCGUCUCUCAGCAUCUGCAACAGAGCCGACGGAGUGCUUCACCUCCCUAUCCAUUGCUGCACCAAGGGCUACGCGUACGAACGUCAACACUCCGGCACGUUCCACAGUGUCUACCGCAGGAGGGGGUGGCUUGCAUGGAGGAGGGGUGCGCAUCCGUGUCGGGAGUUCGGCUUUCCGGUCUCUUGGGAGCGGGUCAGCAUCGGUGUUCAACAAUGAUGUGCCACGACAGCCCAGCACAACUCCUAUGGAGUCUGGCGGUGGAUCGGAGGGGCCUGCAAUGGGAAGGGUCGAUUGUGUUGUCCCAGACGAUGUGGAAGGGGAUGGCGAACCACCUGCAAGCCCAGCAGCACUGGCACAGUCCGCCACUGGGCAUCCUGGCGAUGUUGGGCAGGAGAGCACGGGGGUUGCAAGCGAGAAAGGUGGUGCAGACGCUGCGAAGGCGGACGGGAUGAUGAAAACGAAGGAAUGGAAGUGGCUUGAUAUUGAGAAGCGUAUGGAGGCCCAAGGGGUGAUGCGGACAUCGUCAAAAUGCCGCAAACGGUGGGAGAAUAUGUUUAUGUGGUACAAACAUAUUUUAGACAACCAUGAAGAUCUUUCGGGUAUGGCAACGUUCUGGAAGCUGACAGCUAAGCAGAGGAGAGAGAAGGGUUUCAAGUUCUUCCUAGAUCGUGAGUUAUGGGAUGCCAUUCACGCUGGGCAGGACGGCAACCAGACGAUCAACCCCACCAACCUCGCUGACACUGGCAAACGACCUGUUGACAAUGCGGACAGCGAAGGAGAGGAGGGAGAAGACAUGAGCACAGAUUGUGCUUCAACAUCACAGGGGUCGCGCCAUGGCAAGAAAAAAACGGCGCGGGAACAAGCGUUUGCGGUGGUGGGAGAGGUGAUGAAGGAACAUUCUGCCGUUGUGGCAGAGUCCGUGGAUCGGGCAAGCAAGCGGCAAUGCGAAUUCAUGGACAGGCAGUGCACCGUGCUGGAACGUGAGCUCGACAUUCAUGAGCGGCAACUGCAACUGGCGGAUGUAGGACAGAAGCUCCUAUGUGACGCACUCAUGAAGAUCGCGGAAGCUCUAUCGAAGCCGUGAUAAGUGCCCCUUCAGACGUGACUGCAGCAUCGGCCCUGCCAUGCAAACGCCUCCUCUUGCUUCUUUUGCGUUUUUUCUUUUUUUAAUGUAGCAAUAAAAAUGCGUCCCGCCU